AUGGCAAAGGUGCAUGCCGACGCGUCCAACUUUGUCUCCAAUGUGAGCAAGCAAGAGGCUUACUCGCAAGUUCUUGAGCAAGCGAGGGGAUUGUUCUAUGAGCAGAGGAAUUGGGUCUGCAACCUCUCUAACGCCGCCUCUCUCCUCUGGCACGCUCUCCACGCUCUCCCAUCCCCCUCUUCCCACACAAACUGGGCAGGCUUCUACGUCCUCGAUCCUUCAUCCCCAACCAACCAACUCAUCCUCGGUCCCUUCCAAGGCAAAGUAGCUUGCCAGACCAUCAGGUUUGGCAGAGGUGUUUGUGGCACUGCUGCCAGCACCAAAACGACACAAUUAGUCGCUGAUGUAGAAGAGUUCCCUGGUCAUAUUGCUUGUGAUGCUGAGAGCGCUUCUGAGAUUGUUGUGCCGAUUUUGCAAGAUGGCAAGGUUGUCGCUAUCAUUGAUAUCGAUUGUGCCGUCAAGAACGGCUUUGACGAUGAAGACAAAAAGUACUUGGAAGAGCUUGCAGAACUCAUUGCCGAGUCUUGCGACUUUUGA